UCUUUCACCAUGCCCAGUCAAUGUUUCAUUCACAAAAGUUCAAAGAAAAUGCCAAUCACAGCUUGCUUGGUAAGCCAUUAUAUUAAAUAACAUAAUCUGGUCACCAUGAGAUAAUCAGUGCAAAAAAACAUAAUCAGGCCAUGCAUACAUAAUCCGGUCAUCCUGUUUAUAAAUAGGCAGUUUUCACAAUCUGGGCAGAACAGUCACAAGAAACAAUCGACAAUUAGAGUAAGUUUCCAUUAACAGCGAAUUUGCGGCUUGGGGGAAGAGAGCGGGACAGUGCCUCUCGUGGUAGAUGUUAUUGCUUGUGUCCAGCUCACAAAAAAUGUGUGAGUUAAAGAUUGGCAUCAAUAUGGUUGCAAAUAUGGUAUAUACUUAAACUAAGUUUUACAGCAUUCUUUCUAACUUAUGUAUGUUGCAACACAGUUUUAGUAUGUAAUAUGAUAUAUAAAAGUAAUUUUUUUGUUGAGAAAGCAUAUAGGUGUUUAUUAUCUGGAUUGAACUCUUCCAUGCAGUUUUACCUUAUUUAUUUUAGUGUAGUACAUUAAUAAAAAACUGUGGUGUGAAGAGGGAGAGAAAAGGAGAUCAUUAAUAACAGUCAAUUUGCCAUUAUUAAAGAGUUUUAAUUUAAAGAAGUUUAAAGCAGUUAAGAGAUGAAUAUAAACUUGGUGUAAGCGUUGGACGUUAGCUAUACAUCAUUUGUAACUAAAAACAAGCUGGUGCAAAGUUGAAACCAUGUCUGGACUUUUAAUUUCUAAUUUGGUUAUAUUUCAAGUUUCUCUUGUGUUAACAUCAAGCUGUCCUGAUCUACUUUACACCAAAGAAAAAGACGGCAAGACUCGUUUGACAACCAUUCACACAGGAAAUUAUACUAUACAAGGACUCAUGACGUUGUCAACUCCAAACUCGAAUUGUCGCGUUGUAUCGCCAGACGGUGUGGUUAGAUCAUAUGCAAUCAAGUAUGCCAUCGAUAGGGCAAAUGAGAACAAGAAUUUAACUCGCUGGGCCAAACUAGGUUUGCAGCUGGACGAUGUCUGUCAGAAUUUACCAGUGACAAUGGCAAGAGCUAUUGAAAUUGUCUCGUUACAUCGACCAAAUUCAGUGUGUCGGGCGGACUUUCUGAAAUGCGACCGUUUCGUGGACACAACAAGCGUGAGAGAAGCAACGGCGGUGAUAGGUACCCAGAUGAGUUUCACGUCAAUUCCGCUUGCAAGUUUGAUGUCUUUAUAUCACAUCCCUCAAGUAAGCUACGCAGCCUCUAGCCGCCUGUUAAGUAAAACAGACUUAUAUAAGUCGUUUUUUCGCACUAUCCCGUCUGACACCAAUCAAGUAUUGGUCAUGUUAGACAUUUUCAAGAAGUUUAAUUGGAACUUUGUGUUCGCAAUCGGCUCAGACGAUGAUUACGGCAAACUUGGUGUUUCCGAUUUAAAAAAGAAAGCGAAACCUAGUAAUAUAUGUAUCACACAUGAUGAAUACAUACCAUUUCAGUCGGUGAAAACGCAGCCGAGGAUCAGAAGUGUUAUCGAGAAAGUUAAAAAUUGGAAAAAAGCAGUUGUGGUGGUUUUGUUUUGUUAUGUUAACGGCUUGGGUGAUUUGAUACUUGAAGAAGCUAAACGACAAGGUGUGAAGCGUAUUUGGCUGACCAGUGAAGCGUGGAACCCGUCUGCGUUAACGUUAAACAAAGCGUUACGCAAUCAGACGGAAGGUAUACUCUCUGUUUCUUUAAAAUCACAAUCUCUUGGUUAUUUUACCACCUACAUGGAGGACGAAAUCAAGAACAAGUGGAGCUGUAACAUGUGGCUAAAAAAUUAUUUGAGAAACAGUAAGUUUAAUUGUGAACCUACUGGGAUAUCAACCAAUAAGACUUCAUUUACAGGAAAUGGUUGUGAAGUUUCUGUUCAAGACGUUGUCGAAAAGUUGCGUGACAGUCUCGGACGCAUUGAUAAUUUAAUUGACGCUGUUACAGCGGUGUCAAUAGCUGUCACUAAACUGCUAGAAAAGCAAUGCCGUAACAAGUCUUCUUGCUCCGUUCCGAAGUUAAACAUGAAGCAGCUAACGGAAGAAAUGUUUAAUGUCUCCUUUGUUAACCAGCAGGGGAUGGAAAUAUCUUUUGACUCGAAAGGUGAUCCUAAAUUUGCAUUUUACACAAUCGAAAACUUGCAAAUUGUAAAUGGCAAUCUACAGUAUGUCCCUGUUGGCAGCUGGAGUCAAAAAGGCCGUGAGGGCGAUCGACUGGCCCUUAGUACAGAUAAGAUUAAAUGGCCUUUGUGGUUUGCUCCGUCAAAGCAACAGAGAUUUCCAUCUUCGCGUUGUAGUGAGGAGUGCGUUCCUGGGCAGGCUGUUGUUGGACAAACCGAUUGUUGUUGGGGCUGUCAGGACUGCACUGGCAACAACUACACCUCUAUCAAAAUGGCAGAAGCUUGCGUAUCGUGUGGUCAUUACCAACAUACUGAUGUGAAACAUACUAGAUGUAUUGUGACGCCAAUCUUAUGGUUGGAGAUAUCCGACCCGGCGGGUAUGUCCAUUGUUGUGAUCAGCGGAAUUGGGAUAGUGAUCACGAUUGUAGCAUGCGUCAUAUUGAUCAAGUUGAGGCAUCUUGUUAGAGUUAACGAGCCGGCACCGCAUUUAAUUACAGUGUCAUGUGUGUUGCUUAUACUCACCUUUGUUUAUGGUCCGUUACACAUCACUGAGCCUGAACAUGUGCUUUGCCAAGUUCGAAAUUCCGUGUUUUUCGCACUCCUGAUGACAUACGCAUCGGUUUUAUUAGUCAAGUCAAAGUUCAUGAUCCGCUAUUUGCAAAAGCAAGCUAAGAAAUAUAUCCGAGGGAAUCUGUUGGUUACCCAAUUGUUAUUUUUGUUUACGAUGCUUCUAAUUGAGCUGGCGUCGGUUGUUGCAUGGUUGUAUAUUGAUAAGGUGCAAGUGCAAGAGUUUCGCCAAGCAGGUGUUCAUGAAAUUUGGAAACAAUGUGAAGUAUCAUUCACGGCUGCCAGGUUGGUUUCCACCUUCAUACCGUGCAUCGUGUUGAUCAUAGCUACCUUCUGCGCCUUCCGUGAACGAAACCUGGAGCAUUCGUUUUAUGAGCCCAAAUUCCUGAGUUUCACUUGUAUUGCUUUGUGUAUUAUCAUUGUCGCUUUUUUGCCAACUUUUAAAUACGUUGUUGGCAUCUACAAAGCUAUUGUGAUGGCAUUCACCAUGGAUGUAUUCGGUUAUACUUUUAUGGCGUGUUUGGUUUUACCGAAAGUUUAUGUUGCAUUGGUUCGUCUUAAACGUGGAGUUGACGAAUAUCCAAUCAAACCAGGCUCGAGCAAUAGAAAGAAAAAGAAAGACAGUGUAUGUAGCAAGUCGAAUCGUACAGCGUCAGUAGGUAACAAAACUGACACAACAGCAGUGGAUGGAGAGGGCCAUACAUCUUGUAAUUCAGAGCCAGGCGAUUUUGACAGUGCUGAGCGAAAGGUGACGAAUGAAAGUGUUAAUGAAAAAUACGAACAGGGAAGUUAUGUCGACAUAAGGAGCGCUUGUGGGUUUGUGGAAGAUGAUGAAAGAUUGUCUGGUCAUCACAACAAUACAAAGUUGUAAUGCGCUUGUACGCAGGUGUUAGUUUACCAUUGAGAAUUGUGAUAAAGUGUUUAAGGAACAAUAACACGCAAUAUUUAAGGAUCGUGCUACACUUAACUUAAUAUUUGGAUACGUCAGUGUGUUUCAAUAAAGGCUUAUCAGGUGAUUGUAUUUGUAUAUUCUCAGGUUUUAUUCUGUGGAAUUUGAAUUUAUAUUGGACAGUAUUUCUUAGACAGUUACAAGUCGGCAUUACCUAAACAGGGUAAGUUUUAAAAGAUAAAUUUAGAAAAGUCUUCUCAAAUCUGCUCAAAUCUCCUUCAAAAAUAGAUGUUAACAAAUUUCUUUGGAGAAUAUACGAAUAUCUUCUGAUGUUCUUAGUAUCUGUGGAAAAAUAUAAAAAUUUUCUUAAAUAUCCUCAAUUUGUUUUAUAUAAAAAUACAGUCAUGUUCUUAAACAACUUUAAAAUUGUCACCAAGAGUCCCUAAAUCUCCUUAAAUUCGACUCUUUUAAAAAAAAGUAGCAACCCUGAAUAUUUUAUUAAAUUUUCUCCAAGGAAAUAUACAGCAGGAUGUGGUCCUAUUUGUAGCAUGCUUUUGGCUGUAUUUAUUUAUUUAUUUUUAUUUAUUUAAUUUGUGGCCUUGCUCGAAGAGAUAUAAAGUCUGAUUUAGUACUAAAGUACGUAUUUGUUUUGUAAUGAAUUUGAACUAGCCUUCAUGCUUCGGUGCUCUGGAAUUCUUUAAGAUUCACAUAAAAAAAUAUCAAGAACAGGGAUUAACCAUGGCCAUUGCCCCUCGUAUUCUAUAGAUACUGUUCCCUCUGUGAUAAUCAUUUAACACGUAUUUUGAGUCUCAUUAUAAAAGUUCAUUUCCAUUUGACUGCAUUUUUCGCUCUAGCGCAUUCUUAGCACAUGCGCACAUAGAUAAAAUCUUUGAUUUUUUUUCCUUAUCGCGGAAAGUGCAAUCAAAUGGAAACGAGUCUUUACUGAGGGCUCAAUCUUUUGGGCUUACAGAAUGCUUAUUUUUUGCAGAUCAAUAUUAAAAUUUUGUAUGAUUUUAUAAUACAUUUUUGUGUUAUUUUUAUUUAUUUUUUAAUUCCAACUUAAUUUUAUUUUCUGCAAAUAAUUUUUAAACAUCCAA